AUGAUUUUCAAAUUAAGUAGUGAGUCUGAGAGCAAAGAAUCUGGAGGCCCCCUGGGGGCCCCCUGGGCCUUCCAAAAGGGGUCCCCAGAAGGGGCCCCCAUAAGGGGGCCCCCAGAAAAAGGGGCCCCCAGGAAGGGGCCCCUAGAAGGGGGCCCUCACAGGGGGACCCCCAGAGGGGGGCCCCCAGAAAAAGGGGUCCCUACAAGGGGGCCCCCAAGAAGGGGCCCCCAGAGAGGGGCGCUCCAGAAAUGGGGCCCCCAAAUAAGGGCCCUCAUAAGGGGGCCCCCAAAUAAGGGCCCUUAUAAGGGGCCCCCAAAUAAGGGCCCUUAUAAGGGGCCCCCAAGGGGGCCCUCUUUUAAGGGAGGGGCCCCCGUAGAAAUCCCCCUUAGAGGGGCCCCCUUAGAGAGGGGCCCCCUUAGAGAGGGGCCCCCUUAG